AUGCCUGGAUGGUUCAAAAAGGCGUGGUACGGGCUGGCGUCUCUACUCAGCUUCUCUUCCUUCCUCCUGAUCAUUGUCGCCUUGGCCGUGCCCCAUUGGUUGAGUGGGAAGAUCCUUUGUCAAACUGGAGUGGAUUUGGUCAAUGCCACAGACCCAGAACUGGUCAAAUUCAUCGGGGACAUUUACUAUGGGCUCUUCCGAGGUUGUAAAGUACGGCAAUGUGGGCUCGGAGGCCGCCAGACCCAAUUUACCAUCUUCCCACAACUGGUGAAGGAGCUCAAUGCAAGCCUCCAUGUCACGAUUCUGCUGCUCCUCUUCCUGGCCUUGGCCCUGGCUCUGGUCAGCAUGGGCUUUGCUAUUCUCAACAUCAUUCAGGUCCCCUACAGAGCAGUCAAUGGCCCUGGUGGCAUCUGUCUUUGGAAUGUCCUGGCAGGUGGAGUCGUGGCGCUAGCCAUCGGGAGCUUCAUGGUUGCGGUGAAAUUUCAUGACCUGACAGAAAGAAUUGCCAACUUCCAGGAGAGGCUCUUUCAAUUUGUCGUGGUGGAGGAACAGUACGAAGAGUCAUUUUGGAUAUGCGUGGCGAGCGCCUCGGCCCAUGCGGCAAACUUGGUUGUGGUGGCGAUCAGUCAAAUUCCCCUCCCAGAAAUCAAGACUAAAAUGGAAGAGGCCACAGUUACUCCCGAGGACAUCUUAUACUGAUAACAGGUCCCAGCCCACACCUUGCUCUUAGUCAAGGGGGCCUCGUUUUUUCCAGCCUUCUUGAUCCAUAAUGUCCCCUUUCUUAGUAGUUAAGAAGAAGGCUGUGGAGGGACUAAAUGGGGGGCUGGACCAGAAAGGAGAAACUCCCAAUGACCAGGAUGUUUCUUUUUGAUGACCUUUGAG